AUGGAGCGGAAUGGGUUCAAGCGGUGGACGACGCAGAUGCCUACCUACCACGAUUUUGCCAUGGCAGGUUUUGCGAAGCGGCGUCCCAAAGUGUCCUUCGUUCACGCGAAUCCAGGAGGAGUAUGGACGCCGCUAUUCCGGCGUUCGGGGCCGCUGCUCAUCAGGAUCCUUGGGUACCUCCUUGCGCCUCUACUAUGGCUACUCUCCAUCACAGAGGAGCAAUGCGGGGAUCACUUGAUAUACGGGCUUUACCAGAGCAAGCCCGGGUUCAGCGACUUGGGAAAGCGGGGCGAUGUCAUCGAGCCGGGGUACAAGGGUACCAACGAGGGUGGAGAAGUUGUGGAAUUGGGCGUACAACCGACCUGGAGUACCGUAUAA